GGCGCUCUGAGUGCAGUGUCGCGACGGGAGAGCGUUUUACGGCUCAUAUUGCGGCCAGAGGGCUGGACUUCGGAAUAGUGGCGACGAGACAGAUACACAGCACAAGAGAGACAGGCACACAUGAAGGAAAAGGACAAAGAAGGGGCCAAUGGAGAAGAGGAGAAAGAAGAUAGACACAGGGUCAAUCACAGAAUGACCCAGAAAACACAAGUGGCGGCGAUUCGGAGGCAGAGAGGCCAGCCCUCAGAGAAAGAAGACGGACAGGAUGCUGGGCUGGGACCAGAGAAAGCCUGGGCGGUGGGCAGGGUGCCCAUGUGGUCACUUUGGACCAUCCUCCUGCUGGUACGACCCUUAGGAGGCUUAGGAUCACCCCUCUGUCCUCGGGAGCCUUUCUACUUCCUUGUUGCCAUCAUGAAGAUGCUGGGAAACAAAAAUGAUGGCACUCUCUACACACCAGAUGACCUCUCGGUGUGUCCUGCUGAGACUCUAGGGUGCUUCCGGCUGGAGCUGUCUGUGAUCCAGUUCGAAGAGGGCCCAUCCCUGGGGAUUGCCGUGUUCCGGCUACAGCGUCUGCUGGAUGCACUGGGGUCCCGGCUGUGGGUGACUGGCCAGGGCCCUUGUCCACCCUGCGAAGGACAUCCCCAGAGACCUGUCCCUCUCUUUCUGGCCAAGCUCUUGGAGUUAUUACAGGGGGCAUGUGCUCGGCACCGGCCCUCAGCAUGAGUCUGGGAGGACACAGACUGCCUG